AUGCCAGCGCCCGCUAGGCGUUCGAGGCGCGCCGGCCCGCCCGUCCAACCAGCUCCCGUGGCGGCGGUCCCCAAGCCCAAGGAGGGCAAGUAUCUCGACAAAUGGGGUGUCUUUGACAGCACUGGCACCAGCACAUAUGGUCUCGGUCCACUUUUGAAUUACAAUGUCGAGGAGAACAGCGGUGAUGCGGGCUUCAUGAAUAUUGGCCCCUCUCGUCGCCUCUCUACUGAUCCCAUCAGCUUCGAUCCAAUGGCCGCCGGGAACUGGACAAAGCAGUAUCCGACUCCAAGCAUUGAGAUCUCAGACUUUUCCAAUGCUGCUCCUCCUAACAGCGCCCACCAUGCAUUCACAACUGGCGAGGAAAGCUCUUCAUUGCCAACGAUCUACUCGGCCAGCAGCUCAGCAUCAUCCGUAGUGUCUGGAACCGGCACCAACAGGUCAACCUUCUCGCCAUUGCUCUCAGACGGUGCAUCGUCUAUGGAUGCGCCAACAAUUGUGCCCUCCAAUUGGUCGCGUGGGCCAAGUCCUCUCAGUGUCCCUGCUGCUGGGCCGCCGCGAGUGUGCGAGCAAGAGGCAUACCUGUGUCUGGCACCUCAAUGCAGCGCCCGAUUUCAUAGCCAUGAUCGCCUCGAGCAGCACAUCAAGACAGCUCAUAGCCAUGUAUGCAACUGGGCAGGCUGCAAGUCUCCCAGCUAUGCAACCCGCGAUGGCUUGUCUUGGCACGUCAAGGCGGACCACUUGCUGAUCUGCCCGGUGCCUGGCUGCGAUAUGACAGCCUUCCCUAAUUCAAAUGUCAUUGGCAUCCACGUCAAGUCAGCACAUCCAAGCGCCGUCGGCGAACUGGAGGCAGCGUCAAAACAGGCGGCUCAGGCGAACAACCUGCCACAAGCAACUCCUUUGCUUCCGGCCAACGGUUGCUUGUCUUCUUUAUCUACCGGCUCAUCACAGGCUGGCCUCGCAAACCCUCCGAAACUGAACACCGCCGAGGAGAAAGCUAAGAUGAUGAAUCUCUCCAUCACAAGAUCCAAAGAACGAUGCAGGAGACAGCUCCGCGAGGUCCUGGAACGGCGCAUGAAGCGCAUGAACAGACAGCAGCCGUCGUCUCAAUUCUUCGGGUCCUCACCCCGAUCCAUCGAAAGCCCACCGGGCCUUGUACGUAGUCGCACCCCCAAGCUGGUCGAGCAAGCCAGUUUUCCCCUUAUAUGGGAGCAUGGUGUCCUUCCAUUUCUUAUUGAGUUCGUUCCUAAAUGGUGCGGCCCCGGACAUGUCAUCAGCGUGACGCGAGGCAAGACAACCAACGCGAGACGUAUCUGUAUUAUGACGAGGAAGAAGGUCUCGCGGGCGCGGAAGAUCGCCAUCGCUGCUCAUGUGCGCGACUUGCUGCCGACAAAUCAUCGACAGACCGUCUGCUUCACCUUUGCAACUGGUGAGGUUGAUAGACUGGUUUGGGCUCGAGGCUUGAGCAGAGAGAUGCCAGAUGACUUGUGCCAGCCUCGUAACCCAUUUUACUACGUUUCUCCAUGCAUGGGUGAUAGCAUCGGCACUGUUGUUAGCGAGGAGGAGGGAGAGAGCACGUCCACUUUGGGGCCAUGUAUUCUGAUGGGCGGCGAGAGCUAUUGGCUUGCCAAUUUCCACCCCUUUAUCAAGUCACAACAGCUUCGAGACCUUGUGACCAUCGAGCAUCCCUCCCCUAAAGACCGCUCACGAUGUGUCGACGAAGGGCACGACUCACUCUCGGGUCCAGACUCCGACUUCCGGCUCGGCACCCUCACUGCCACCUGUGGUCUCGACCUCAAGACGACUCGCCUGUCGCACGAUCCUUACUGGGAAGACAUGGACAAGGAGCCGCCUCUCAUCGUGACGGACUGGACAAUCAUCACCUCCCACACCCGCCAAGCAAAUAUGCUCCGCAAGUUUCCCAGCACCUCACCGCGCAUGUCAAAAGAAGUUCCCGUCACAUCCACCACCACCGUCCAGCCCGGCAGUGUUGUCCAAUCCACAGGCCGUACAUCAGGGCACCAGCGCGGACAGAUCUGCGAGAUCCCUGCCUACGUCUCUGGCGAUAACUUCGGUAAUGGCAGCGGCCGCGCUACGCGCGAGUGGUUCAUUGAGGAGCCGGAGCCCUACGACAACGAAGAGGGCUGGAUCCGCGGCGGGAUCGGUGUAGAGGGAGACAGUGGUGCGGCAAUCGUCGACGCCGUGACGAACGGACUAGUUGGGACGCUAUGGGGCCGUAACAAAUAUUUUGGGUCGGGACCGAGACAUACCUUCUUCACGCCCAUCAGCGACAUUUUUGAUGACAUCCAAGAGAAAUGUGGCGAGCAGACGCGGCCUCAGCUGCCGCAGUGGCGGGACGAAGGCGAGCGGUACGCAGUGUAUCCCGCGUGCAGGCCGUGCUUUGACCUGCGGACCUACCUUGAUUCGAGGCGGAGUUCGCGGGAGUCGCUGCGGUCUAUCAUCGGCCGGCAUGACAGUGACGGCAUGGGACACGGCGACGACGCGCAGGACCUGAUCUCCCUGGAGGGGAUCUCGGAGCUGGCGACGCCAAAGGACCAGAACUACUGGCUUCGACACACUGGUGCCGAGGAGGCAGGCAUGUCGUUCAUGAACUUUGUCUCACCUCGUCCGAUCACCUCUUUCGCGUUCGACUCGCGGGCAGCUUCACCAGGUGUGGCAGAUAUGAGGAGUCCAUAUGCGGUGGAUAUCAGCACCGAGGAUCUAUAUGAUGCUGAGUACGCGCCACCUACAGCGACGAACGCCAAACGGCCUGCUCUACCACUUCCGGCUCCAAGUCUCAUGAGGAGCUCCAGCUCUGGAGGGAGCAAGAGGCAGCGGACUCAAUGA